GCUCCUCCCAUUAAAAUUAAAAUGGCGGCCUUUUUGGAGGAUGAAGAUUCUGUUGUCUCUAUCAAAGAUAUAGUAGACGAAGAGCAAGCUCUUCAAGACACUGCUAACGCUGUACUGGGAGACUCUGAUGACACCAACUGUACUUACACUAAAGGAUAUGUAUCCCGGCAGGCUUUGUAUGCAUGUAGUACAUGCACUCCUAGUUCAUCUGUCCUGGCUGGGUUUUGCUUGGCUUGCAGUCUUCGAUGUCACGAAGGACAUGAUGUCAUUGAACUCUACACAAAGCGUAAUUUUCGCUGUGACUGUGGCAAUUCAAAGAUUUCUGGAAACCCGUGUCUUUUGUGUCCGGAUAAAGAUCCAUUAAAUAGUGAGAACAUUUAUAAUCACAACUUCAAUGGAUUGUACUGCACAUGUAACAGGCCAUACCCUGACCUUGAUGAUGAAGUUGAAGAUGAGAUGAUCCAGUGCUCAGUUUGCGAAGACUGGUACCACACCCGGCAUCUUGGACUCCACCCACCCAAUUCAUUUGAAGAAACGGUCUGCGACAAGUGCAUGUCACGCCUCUCGUUUCUCUAUCAUUACAAGAUUCAUUCGGUAUCUAGCGAAGAACCUUUCGUUCAUCAGGAAACACUCGAUGCAUGUACUUCUACGACUCACCACAUUGAAAGUGAAAAGACUGAGACUCAUACUGCCAAAACUGAAUCUGAUUCCAUCAUCCCGAAUGGAAAGGAGGCUGAACCUAAAACUCUUUCCACGGACUCUCCUCCACUGAAGUCCGACCCCGUACCCGGCCCUACUAAUGAAAGUCAGUCCCAACUCAGGGAGACUGAAACUUGUGUACUUGAAAAACGUAAAACUUUAUCUUCUUCCUCUUCUAAUUUUUCUGGUCCUGGGUACUUUACUAGUCAGUGGAGGUCAGAGCUUUGUUCUUGCUCAUCUUGCAAGAAGAUGUACAAGGAACUAUCGGUAGAGUUUCUCCUUGAUACUCUUGAUAGUAUUACGUCUUAUGAGACGAGGGCAAAGUCCACUGGUUACAUACAUGACGUUGGGAUGGAGGCUCUGUCUAGUAGCAUGGGGCGUGUGCAACAAGUGGAAAUGAUUAAUGGUUAUAAUCACAUGAAGGAGGAAUUAAAGAAAUUCCUUGGCAGCUUUGCAAGCAAGGGAAAGGUUGUACGACCACGUGACAUUACUGAUUUCUUUGGCGAGUUGGAGAACCAAAAGAGACAAAGGUUGGAGUAUGGAGAUGGCAUUCCGCCAGACAGCUGCUAGCAAAAGAACUCCUUUACUUAAAUAUACUAUGCACAUGCACUUGACCGCAUAAUGAUGGCUCUAUGUGACGCAUUAUUUCGCUCCCACACUCUUUGUUUGGAAACCAUUAUUAAUUCUAUUUGUACAUCUC